GGGCGUCUCAAACAGUAGCCAAUCCAGCUACUUGUUUGCUAAGUUAUCCUAGCUGGCUAACUAACUAACUAACGCUAGCCAAACAGCUAGCUCGCUAACAUUAGCCAGCUCGCUAACGUUGGCUACAUAACUUAGCAAAGCUGACUAACUGACUAACUGACAGUUUUCCCUGCUGUCUCUCCGGACAAUAUAACUGACAGGAGCAGAGAAGGUAGAGAUGGUGCAGCCCCAACCUGAUGGCCCAAUGCAGUGGGACAUGGCAGGAGAGGAGAGUGGAGGGGCUCUUAGGGUCCCACCUGAGCUGGCUGGCAAUGAAGUGGUGACCAGGUUGCUGGGAGACAACCAGCAACUUAGAGAGGCUCUGCGACGCAGCAACCAAGCGCUGCGUCAGCGUUGUGAGGAGAUGGAGGGAUGGCAGCGGAGGACAAGACAGGAGAGAGAAUUUCUCAGCUGUCGCUUCCAGGAGGCCAGGGCGCUGGUGGAGAGGCUGGCCCAGGAGAACCACUCCUUACAGGGGCUGGUGAACGGCCCCGGCUCCUCCUCAAGCCACUGCUGCAGCUCCAGCCAGACUGAAGACCAGCAGGCUCACCUGGCGAGGAACGGGCCUCUGGAAUCGCCACAGACUCUAGAUCAGCGGGAGAGGAAGAGGGUGGAGGAGACUGACCAGCACACACAAACCAUGCCGCCUCGCAGCCUGGAUGAUGCGAGUGUGCAUAGCUCCUUGAGUAGUGCCCUCCCUACUCCUCCCUCCUCACUUUCAGAGGCUGGGGGGGAGUUCAGGGGCGGGGAAAAAGGCCAGCCUGCUGAAGGAGCAAACGACUUCCUGCAGCUGCUGAAGAGCCACAAAGAGAAAUUGGAGGAGGGGAUGAGGGAGCUGAGGAGGAAGAAUGAAGAGCUGGAGAGGGAGAGGGAGGAGGGAGAGAAAGAGAGGGAGCGGAUGCGUCGCAAUAUUGACCAGCUAAGAGCUAAACUGGCCCAGGCACAGGCAUGUAACGUUACUGAGGAGGUAGUUCAACAUCGCUCUGAGGCACAACACUCCUCUGACUGCUCUAGCCUGGCUAAACUCACAGAGCAGCUUCAGGCCACACAGGGCAGGUAUCGGGAGCUGGAGGAGAAGCUGGACUACCUCCAGAAGAGUUCAGCUCAGCGGGACAGAACCGAAGCUCUACUCAAACAGAAGGACAAAGACUGUGUUCAGCUGGCCAAAGACUGUGAGGCUCUGAAAGCCCAAGCAACGUCUCUAUUAGGAGAGCUGAAAGAGAGGCAGAGCUGCCUGGAGAAGAGCGAUCAUGAACGCAAAAUACUGGAGGAAAAGCUGUGCACUAAGAUGGAGGCCCUGCAGGUGGCAGAGCGGGAGCUGGAGCAGCAGAGGAAGCAGCAUAAUGUGGCUGUGGACAAGCUGCUGCUGCAAUCCCAGAGCCUGGAGGCAGCACUGAAGACAGAGCGACACGUCGUCACAGAGGAGAGGAAAAAACUGACACAGCUGCAGCACGCCUACACAUGUCUCUUUAGGGACUACGACUCCAAACUGAAGAAUGAGGGUGGAGACCUGCGCAGUAGACUGGAGGAGGCAGAGAGAGCGCUGGCCCUGAAACAGGAUCUGAUUGAUAAACUGAAGGAGGAGGUUGAGCAACUGAGAAGCUCACUGGAAACUAUACCUGUGCUCACUGCACAGGCUGAGAUCUACAAGGCAGAUUUCCUCGCAGAGCGUGAGGCAAGGGAGAAGCUGCACCAGAGGAAGGAGGAGCUGCAGGAUCAGCUGACUCGGGCCGUGACUGAGAUCGACAAGCUCAAACGGGAGGGAACGUCACGCGCAUGCAUGGAGGAGAUGCAGCAGAGACACCUGGAGGACUUCAGAGCCCCACGACCCCCACACAUUCCCCCUCAGCCAGGUGUGUUCGCUGGUGCACCUUUCAACACAGCGCCCCCUCCCUCGUUCCGCAGUCAGGGUUUGCCACCGGUCGGCGACGCGGGCGUGGCUGGAGCCGAGGAGCUGCCAGAUUUAUGUUGUCCUAAGUGCCAGUACCAGGCUCCGGAUAUGGAUACGCUGCAGAUACACGUCAUGGACUGUAUACAGUAACAGAAAAAGAUGGUCCACCAUCCACCACUUUCAAUGUCCAGCGUGCCUCCAGCUCUGGGCACAAUCUGGAAAACUUGUAUGGCAGUAGCACCUUACUUUCUCCCUGCCAUACAAAAACACACACACUGUUGAUCAUAUACAGAUAUUAAAAAAAAACCUGACCUAAUAAAAUGGAAUCAAGACAAGUGGCAAUCAGAUGGAAGAACGAGCAAUCCACCACCCAGGAACCAGAGAAAAGAACGACAGCCAGUUUAUAAGCAUGAUAAUUUCCUAGUAUUACUCCAUAUAUUCAUCUUCGCAGUAGUUUUUCCAUUCGUUCUCCCAUCCAUCCCUUCACUUUCUGCUCCCAUCUGUUCUAUCAGUUCCCUCCCCUCGUUGCCUCUGAGAUGGCAGACCGUGAGUGUGAAUGUGUCUCUGCUGUCAGUUUAUGUCUAUUAGCCCUGACCUCUCACUGCAGCCCCCGCACCACCUCACUCCAGUGGUGCGGUGGCAGCUGAGGAGGUGUCUAAACGCUGUGGAGCAGGUGGGCACACUUUGGCCCCACCAUCCAUAUUGUAUCAAUAGCAAUUAGGUUGAAAGUGAUGACACACGCGAGAAAAACGUGUGGCAGUUUAGAGUGGCACUGUUGCCCACAACAGCAAACGGAAUUGGUAACUGAAAAAGAAAUAACAAUGUGAAAAACAUAGUGAGCUUUAAGUAAUAAAAAGUAUAUUAAAAAUGUCAUAAAUGUUGCCUGUCUACAUUACCUCAAAACAUGUAUUAUUAUGUAUUAGAGAUGGGUAUACUCUAUAUACUUAUAGAAAAAGUAGCCAUUCUCUGUGUUCUGUGCCUGUGUAGACAUUUAAUUGCACCACUGCUUUAUCCUUGAUCCUAGACCCAGAGACAUUACUGUGCCCAACCCCUUAUUCUGUCUAUCUUACCUGUGGCACCUAUUUAUCUAUCAGAAUGUAAGCACAUUGAGGUUCCAUCACAGUUUGUGUGAAUAUUGUCUGUAAUUAUAGAUUAUUUGGUGCAACAUAUUGUUUAAAAUUGUUGUAUUAUUGGAGAUUUGCAAAAUAAAUAUCAAUUCUUCAUUA